UAAUUUCAUACCCAGUCAGUAGCUCGGUUCGGUGGAAAGUGGCAGAGCGCCACAACAUUUCUAAACAUUCGUCGGGAAGGAUCAAAAUUUUGAUUUCUCGAAAGCUGCUUUCGGUACACCGGCGCCAAUCCAAAUAAAUUCUAUUCCAAUCCUAUUGGUCUAGUUUAGGUUCGUUUUGGUCUAAGACUCAGUUAGAAUGUUCCUAGCCAAAAUCACAACAGCCCUGCGGCCGAAGCUCUUUACCGAGGCAGUUAGUAGUUUGCUGAGGAUCAGCCAGCGACAAAAGCACAAGUGUCCCAAGGAUGUAGCACCCAAGUGCUUCAAGUUUAGGCCCACGAACAAAACGAACAAGUCCUGUGAGCCGGUGGUACCGCCGAAGCCCAAGUACUACAAGCAGCUGAAGCCAUGCAAGUCAGACAAGGAGCUAUCUGUCCAGCACCCCAAGUAUCUGGGCAUCUACCCCCGAUGCAAGAUACCCUACCAUCCGGAGCCGUGGUGCACGGACCCGUGCUUGCUAGAGGUGCGCAUGGAUCCCAUCCACUACAAGCCCAGCGCCGCCCUGGAUAAGAAAUACGAGUGCUACUGGGUGGAGUGUUUCCAGCGGCGACCGAAGCGGUGUUGUCGCCGCGUUCCUCCGGAGCGUUCCCAUCGCGAGGUGCGCAAAUCGUGCGAUUACAGGCCCCAAACAAAGCAAUGCUUCAUGGUCGAUCCUAUGCCGUGCAAGAAAGCCGCAGUAAUUAGCAAAUGCCCCAAGUUCACGAUGUGCGGCUGCCCCCUCGCAAACCAGCGCGUCGACUGCCUGGGUCCUCCCAAACUGCGACCUCGGUGCCGUCGGCCCCCGACCCAGUACCCCUGCUUCUCGGAGUGUCAGCACGAGGAGCUGUCCAAGCCUCGUCCGAUAGAGUGUCAUUGCCUAGAAGUGCCGCCCACGUGCGUACUCUACAGGUAUAUGAAGAGCCAUCGAAACCGCCGAGGUUACUGUGAGCCCCUCGACAAGGGCUACGACUCCUGCGACUCCUCCACCCACUAAACUUCACCCAGGAUGACGGAUAAUGAAUGAUUUGGAUUUGGUUGCUACUUAAAUGAACAGCGUACUCUUUCGAUCUCCCUUCUCCAUAUCCGACCUGAUCGAUGUUAGGUCAAUUAUUUUGGCCGCUUUCCGCUGUUUCCCCAGGAGAGCUCGAGAACAGAAUCUCGUCAGUCCCUCAUCACGCGUCUGGAUACUAAAUUUUAGUGACUUACGAAAGUCCAUGGAACAGGACUGAUGAUAUUUUACAUUCAGAUUAUUAAACGAAAAAGGCCCCUCAUUAAACAGCCAUUGAGUUCGCA